CUAAAGAGUUUGAUGGUAGCCGCUGUUCUUAUGCGCCAUAAAGCCACUGCAACACUCUUUCAGUUUUAGAGAAACAUUUGCACACGUGUUUUGUGACGUGAAGUGCGCUCAUAACGGAACUGCUUUCUGAUCACCAACAAACGCACAUAACUAGGCUAAAUCCACCAAUGCUAACUGCAUGCGGCUCACCGGCUGCUCUAACUGAGGACCUAACGUUGUUAGGUUUAAAGUGAAGUAAUCCAGCUGCAAUGCAACACUGAAUAAUUUUUUAUAGCCAUUAGAAAAUGUAGUAUUUAAAACGACCCGAAUGUCAUUUCGUCUGUGGGCAUGGAUAAACUGACGCGACGUAUAACAGUACUUAUUUUGAUACGCAUUUAGUGUAACAAGUUGACGGUCUGUCUCGCCUUUCGUCUGUGACCUAUUUGAAUGGUGACGUCACGCCGUUAAUCUUUAAUUUCCGAGCACGCUGUGUGCAAUAAUAUAACAUUCAGUCGCACCGGUUAGAAGUUCCUAUCUAAACUCACCCAUCUGGAUCUACCGCUAACAUGGGGUCUAAUGGAGACCUCAACGCAAACUCACAAUGUCUCAGCAGCACUGGGGACCUGGUCCUGGACAAAGCAGUCAAUCAGUGGAUGGCCUGGGAUAAGAAUCCUCAGACACGGAAGCAGAUGGAGUCUCUGGUGCGAGAGGGCCAUGUGGUGGAGCUGAGGAGGAGGUUGUGCUCCAGGAUGACGUUUGGAACAGCUGGCUUGAGAGCGGAGAUGGGUGCGGGGUUUGCUUGCAUCAAUGACCUAACUGUCAUCCAGUCCACACAGGGGAUGUACAAGUACUUAGCCAAAUAUUUCCCUGACCUGAAAACAAGAGGGCUGGUGGUCGGUUUUGACACUCGUGCCCAAACAAGUAGUGGCUGCACCAGUGAACGACUUGCAAGGUUGACUGCAGCUGUUAUGCUUUGUAAAGAUAUCCCUGUCUAUCUGUUCUCUACAUAUGUGCCUACCCCAUUUGUGCCAUAUGCUGUGAUGAAGUAUGAAGCUGCAGCUGGAGUCAUGAUCACUGCGUCUCAUAACAGAAAAGAGGACAAUGGAUACAAGGUUUACUGGCACAAUGGUGCACAGAUCUCCUCUCCACAUGAUAAGGAGAUCUUGCAUUGCAUUGAGGAGAAUACUGAACCCUGGCCCGAGUCCUGGAAUGAGCACCUAGUUGAAAGCAGCCUGUUACGGAGAGACCCUCUCGAGGACGUCUGCCGCUGGUACAUGGAAGAGCUAAACACUAUCUGCUUCCACAGAGAGCUUAACGCAAAGUCUCCCCUGAAGUUUGUGCACUCAUCUUUCCAUGGUGUUGGUCACAACUAUGUCCAGAGAGCUUUUCAGCAGUUUGGCUUUCCACCUCCCAUCCCUGUUCCAGAACAGAAAGAAACAGAUCCAGAUUUUUCAACUGUCAGUUGUCCUAACCCAGAGGAAGGAGAAUCAGUCUUGGAGCUGUCCCUUCGUUUGGCUGAGAGAGAAGAGGCCCAUAUUGUUGUGGCAACAGACCCUGAUGCUGACCGCUUGGCAGUUGCAGAGCGGAAUGGCAAUUUUGGUUGGAAAGUGUUCACGGGAAAUGAGUUGGCUGCAUUGCUUGGCUGGUGGAUGUUGUUUAACUGGAAGGAAGCACACCCUGACCCAGCAGAUACUGAGACAGUAUACAUGCUGGCCACCACUGUUUCUUCCAAAAUACUUAAAGCCUUUGCACGCAUAGAAGGCUUUCAUUUUGAGGAAACAUUGCCUGGUUUCAAAUGGAUUGGAAAAAGAAUCCAUGAAUUAACAAAAACAGGAAAGGAAGUCAUUUUUUCCUUUGAAGAAUCCAUUGGGUUUUUGUGUGGAAACAUGGUUCUUGAUAAGGAUGGAGUCAGUACAGCAACUGUUGUGGCUGAGAUGGCUGCUUAUCUGCACACCAAAAACCUUUCCUUGAACAAACAGCUAAUCAACAUUUAUGAAAUCUAUGGCUAUCACGUUUCCAGAACAUCCUAUGUCCUCUGCAGUGACCCUUUAACUAUUCAUAGAAUAUUUAGCCGCCUGCGUAAUUUUGGAGGUCCGGGUGAUUACCCAGAAUUAUGUGGUGACUACUGCAUCACACACAUCAGAGAUGUGACCACUGGUUAUGACAGCAGUCAGCCUGACAAAAAAUGUGUCCUUCCAUUGUCAAAAAAUAGCCAAAUGGUCACAUUUACAUUUCAGAAUGGCGUUGUUGCCACACUAAGGACCAGCGGGACUGAGCCAAAGAUCAAGUAUUACUCAGAAUUCUGUGCAGUACCUGGAGAACGUGAUAUCUCUAGUCUGGAGGAGGAGUUAAGAAAAGUGACCACUGCUCUAGUUGAAGAGUUUCUUGAGCCUGACAAGAACAACCUGCUUCGCAGAUCAGUGUAGCUUUAUUUAAAUAGUGGUAAGAUCAUUGUCGUCUUGGGCAUCUUGUGUAAAACCAGUCCCAAAGGCCUGUCAGUGAGCCAUCCUGUGAAUGUCGUUUUAUUACUGUGAAAUAAUUUUGAAGCAUAAUCACCUCAUGGCUUUCAAACUAAGAAGAAAACACAACUGCUUAUUUCUUGUCAUAUAUA